AUGUCGUUUCCAGAUGGUGUCCGUCGUGAUCAGACCAAAGAGGGAUCUGCCACCAUGGACGACGCUCCGGCAUUCCCGGCACUAAACUCAGCACAACGUCUGUCUUCUUCUGCAUCUUCUUCUCUGGCGCCACCAAGUAACAUGGUCGCACCCGGCCGUCUCCCGCCACCAACCUCCUCCUUGGGUCCUCCUCGUCUCGCAGUCCCAGCAAGACUUCCAGGAGGCCUAACACCGCCUCCAACAACAACCGUCAUACCCGCAAAACCACGACAGAAAGUCGUCCUCACACCCGGGCAUUCUCCACUCGACUGGGCCCGUCUAACAUUGUCAGGCCAAAACUUGCGAGGCGUGACGAGUUUCCAGAAAGUCACGCCUUCAGAGUUGAAGAAGCACAGAAGAAAAGACGAUGCGUGGAUGGCACUGAAUGGGAAGGUGUAUAACGUUACUGCGUACUUGCCGUUUCAUCCUGGUGGUGAACAGGAGGUGAUGCGUGCUGCCGGAAGGGAUGGGACGAAACUAUACAUGAACACGCAUGCAUGGGUAAAUUACGACAACCUGCUAAAGGAGUGUUUGGUUGGGUUUAUGGUGCCUGAACCGGAGGAUAGCGAUGACGAAUAGACGCGAGAUAUCUGGAAUCAGCAUGGGUCAGCAUUCGGGAGGAAGAACGAGACGGCAUACGGGUACUUGAUGCUUUGCACACUGGAG